AUGAGGUCCACAUUGGUGCUUUUUACUGCCGCCCUGGGCUUGGUCCAGGGCUUGCCACAGCAACAGCCCGGUGGCGAAACGCCAAUGGACAAGGCGAAGAAAGUUCCACAAGGCAUAACGAAGGCAAAGGAUGGCUCAGUCAUUCUUGACACCACCGAGAAGGUGAACGGCCUUGACAUUCGCUUCCGCAUCAGUGGCCCAGCUGCGCAGUUCACAAAGACGAGCAAGGUGCCCGAUGGUAACAAGGAAGAAAACGCCAAGGGAGACCUCGGCUUGCACGUUUUACUCCACGGAGAUAGCGGCUCAUCCUUCUUCGACAUGCCGAACCAGGGUGUCAAGGACAAUUUGGCGGGUGUGACGGUCCUUGCCCCCGAUCAGAAUCUUCACUGGGGUGGUGGCAAGGGCUUCAACCGAACCGAUGGCGUGGCCCAUGCACAAGCUGUCAACGACCUUGUCAUGAAGACAUUGCCGAAGUACAUGGCAUUCAACUCCUCUAACGUGUACUUCACUGGUAUUUCAGGCGGAUCCCUUAUGUUGAGUGGAUACUUCAUUCCUGCGCACAUGGGAAAUUUCGCUGGAGACGGUCACGGUGUCAUGUUAGGCUGUGGCGCUAUGGAGCCUAGGGUGACAGUUGAGGCCUCAGCCCGCGACGCCUUGACGAAGACACGAAUUCACUACCAAACUUCGCAGAAGGAGCUGGACCGCCUGCAAAAGUCUAUCCCGAUGGCGAUGAAGGCCUACGAGGGCAUUGCUUCAGAGAAGGGGUUGAAGAAGGAGGACAUCAACAAGCUACAGACGGCCAAUAACAAACCGGACGGAGGACACUGCCAAUUUGAUGGAAUGGGCUUUGGAUCUGGAAUUCAGCUGGUUGUUGAUCACUACACUGCUGUAAUGAAGAAGGGUGGCAGCGGGGAGAUUCCGGGGAUUGGCAACGUGAACCAGGGCGUUUCGGGCCAAGAAUUGAAGUUCAAAAGCGGCAACUGA